CAAAAACGCACACACACACACACACUCCCACUUCAGACUUUGUUGUUUCAGGACAGAGUCCUCAUCAAAAUUGAGUGAAUUGCACAAUGAACGACUUCAAAAGUGUAACACGAAUGCUGCCAAGGUAGUUGAGAAACUUAUGGUGAUGAAACGAACUAAAAACAAAAAUCUGAAUCUUGGCAAGAGGUAAUCAACAUUGCCACUUAGCCAUGGCAACCAAAGAAGUAUUCAUCGCGGCUAUCGACAUCGGCACCACAACAAUACGAUGUCACAUUUACAAUGACAAGGCUGAACUUAAAGGAAGUGGAACUCAAAAGAUGCAGGUUCACCGUCCUGCUCAUGGCAGAGUUGAGAUUGAACCCGACAGUCUGUGGAAGCAAUUUACAUCAGUUGUUAAAGAAGCAAUUACAGAUGCUGGUUUAGUAGCAGCCCAAAUCAUUGCUAUGGGAAUAUCAACAUUGCGAGCUACAUUUCUAACAUGGAAUAGAGAGACGGGUGAACCGUACCACAACUUCAUUUGUUGGAAUGAUACAAGGGCAGAGAAGUAUGUAGAAGACAUCAAUCGCUCUUUAAGCUUCAAGGGUUUACAAAAAGGAUCCAAGUUUUUGCACUUCUUCUCCAGAAUGCGGCGAUUCGAAGCCGGUGGCGUCUUCACAUUCACAUCUCAACACGUAUCCAUUCGACUAUCGUUUGUGCUGGAGAACAUGCCAGAGGUUAAGAAAGACGCUCUGAAUAAUAAACUCGUGUUCGGAACUAUUGAGACGUGGCUGGUGUGGAAACUCACAAAAGGAAAAGUACACGCCACUGACGUUUCAAAUAUAUCAGCAACGGGUUUAUACGACAUGUAUAAGAAUGACUGGAACACCAUUCACACUGGAUACUUGGGGAUUCCCCUCAAUAUCAUGCCAGAGGUUAAAGACACUAGUGAUGACUAUGGGCUGUGUGAUCCGGAAGUCUUUGGUGCACCAAUUCCUAUUAAAGCUGUGGUCGGUGAUCAGUCGAGUGCUUCCUUCGGACAGUGUUGCUUCCAAGAAGGUGAUAUCAAGGUCACCAUGGGAACGGGAACUUUCCUCAUACUCAACACUGGCAGUAGACCAUGUCUUCCAUGUAAUGGAGUUUAUCCCAUCGUGGGUUGGAAGUUGGGCAAGGAGACAGUUUAUCUGCUGGAGUGUAAUGAUUCAGAUGCAGGGACUGUUAUUGAGUGGAGUUUAAAAAUGGGUUUCUAUGAAGACCCAGGCAAAUCAGUAGAGGUCGUCAACUCAGUUGAGGACUCAGGAGGGGUCUGUUUCGUCCCAGCUUUCCACGGCCUACAGUCACCAAUUAAUGAUUUUAGCGCCUGUUGUUGUCUGAUGGGGCUCAAACCCACAACGACGCCAGCCCACAUAGCCAGAGCUGCCUUAGAAGCAAUCGCAUUCAGGGUCGUUCAACUCUACAAUAUUGCCAAGACUCAAAGUGGAACCAAACUCAGACCUAUAAUCAGAUUCGAUGGAGGGGUUAGCAAUAAUGACUUCAUCCUCCAGUUGGUGUCCAGUUUACUCGUCCAGAAGAUUGACCGACCGCAAAACCUGGAUAUGUCUUGUCUUGGGGUAGCCUUUCUGGCUGGGCUUGGAGCAGGCGUUUGGAAGAGCAAAGAGGAGCUAGUCUCGCUGCGUGUCAGCCAGACGAUCUUUGACCCUCGACCUGCUCUAGAAUCUUAUGAACCGAUCUGCAAGGAGUGGAUGAAGGCUGUCCGAAGGUCACAAGGCUGGUAUGCCACAUGAGAUCAUCAAAGGUCAUCAAAGGUCAGUCAACUGUGACUCUCUACCCAUUUUUAUCCAGGGUGAAGUUGGUACAUUCCACAUUAGGUGCAACAUUUAAAAAAGAAAUACCCAAGAAAGCAUUGAGAUUGCUUUUUUUUAUAAAGAAAUUGUGUUUUUUACGGUUGUGUUUGUUUUUUAUCUUUUGGGAUAUAUUGUAAUUCGACUAAAACACAGAAAACAUUAAAUUGCACAAGUAAUGACACAAGACCCCUAAUAUAAAAUAACAGGGCAAAAGACCCAGAAUUGCAAAAAAAAAACCAUACAAAAUCACAGAACGGUCUGUAACCAGAUCUGGAAAGCGUUGCGACAACAGAUACAAACAAAUUGAAAUCUAGUACAGCAAAAAAAAACCAUCAAUUAAAAAGCUUUUUUAGAAGUGUUAUAUUUGUUUGAAAUUUCACAGAUUUUGUGUUUAAUGCUUCUUUGUUUCCAUGGACAUGAUGGAAGUGCGAAAUCAUGAACGAAGCUGAAAAUCAGGAACUUGUUUGCAGUAUUUUGUUUACUGCUCGGUUUUGUUAAAGCUUACAUUGUGAUUAGAUUUUAUGCUUUUAUUUUGUUUUUAAAAUUGUCUUAAUUAUUUUUGUUUUCUAAGUUCUUUUUGCUGAAUCGAUAUUGUGCCAUCUUGUACUCUGGUUGCUUUGUUUACUACAUAAUUUAUCUUGUUUUUUAAAUAUGACAAAUGGCAGUCAUGAACCAAAUGUAGGGCAUGAAUGCUAAACUGGUGGGUCGCCAGAACUUCCUCAAAUUCCUUAAUGAUCUUGGCCCAGCAUAUUUAAAAUCGUGCUUUGUUUUGUACACACCGAAAGAGUCGCUUGCGGUCAUCAUACGCGCUACCCGUCUUGUCGAACACAAAAUAAACCACAGAUCUCUUGCUUCAGCUGCUGACAAAUCCUUCUCUUUUGCCGCUCCUAAUCUUUGGAAAAGUCUCCCCCCCAUCUCUGCACUCUGCUGAUUCACUUCAUAUUUUCAAGAAGCAUCUGAAAUCACACCUGUUUCCACAAUGACUGUUUUGCUGUUUGGUUUAACUUGCAUUUUGUCUCAUCGUUUAUUUGUUUCUCUGUUUCAUCACAAACCGCUGUGGUCUUGAUGAAAUGGCGGUAUAUAAAACAUUUUUGCAUGUAUGUAUGUAUAAUUGCUUAAAUGACUUGUUUCGGUUAUUCCGGCAACCACGAAAAUUGCCUCACAACUGAUUCUAUUCACAAACAAAAAAACAUGAUACUUGUUUAAAGCUUUUCUUAUCAGUUCAUUAUAACUACUCAUAUCGGACACGAUGUUUUUCCUUUUUCAGUCUGAUUUCCGAUUUUUUUGCCCAGAGAAAAAGUCAGGAAAAUGUUGAUGAAAUAUCCUGAAAAGUGUGUUAAAGCUUCUACAACUUUCAACAAGUUUACCCAGCAAUUUGAAAUUCAGGCAUUCAACUAUUUAUGUAGGCCUUCAGAUACUAAAUUGGCAAAAGUGCAUUUUCCUGCUUGAAACCACAAUUUAGUGAAUUAAUUGAUAUUGACAGACAGUAUAGUUCAGGAUACUCAACCUCAAAACUUAAGCUUCGUCUGGGAGCAUGAUAUAGGAAAGCUAGAACCUGUAGCAUUUACCACUGCAUGUCCUAAAUUUAUCGUUUUUUUUUAUACAAAGCUGAAUUUUGUAACCUUUUUCUUC